AUGACUGAUGCUGGAUACUUUUCAGAUGAGUCUGACUUCUACGGUGACGAGACGACGAGAAAUGAGCUCGAAGUCAGAGCGAUGAACUUCGACGCCGAUGAAUGGUGGGCGAAGAGGAGGCCGAGCCUGAUCGAUAUUGCGAGGGAGAAUACCGAGGCAGCAGCAAAAUCCGAGAAGAAGAAAGCGCUGCUGUAUAACCCAUAUGCUGGUUUUCGGUGCGCUCGGCAGCUGGAAGAGAAGGUUGAAAAUUUUCUAGAGAGAUUGCCGCCUGCUACGACGCCAGUCUCUGAGGAUUUCCCAUGGAUCUACAUCGCAAACCCAUAUCACAAGGCAGAGAAGGGCCAAGGCAGACGAAAACUUGCCGAUGAGGAGGCUCCAUCAACUGGAGACGCAAAUUGGGCCGAGUUCGUCCGCGAGGGGACUAGACUCCUGCAUCAGUUGACGGACUUGAGACAUGAAGUUGAGAAGCAAAAUCCCAAGAAAGCGAAAUCUACGAUCACGACGAUGAUCAAAGACAGAAAGGAUAGUAUUGUGGACAAGAUAUUGGACAAGGCGGAGGAACUCAAGUGUACGAGUGGCAAGUGGAUGAUAUUCUGCGAACCUAAAGACGUCAAUCUGUUUUGGGCACGAGUCGCCGAAGACACUGCAAAUGCCAAUCUCGGAAUCGCCGCCAAAGUAACGCCUGACAAUGGCCAGGACCGAUCCGACCGCCUGAUCUGUGUCUACACGAAGGACUUCAACAACGAAGAAGAUAUCUCUAGGGUUCUCUACAAGCUAAAAGAGCUAGAAGUUGCCGGGAAGGGCAAGCAGAUAUUUUACAAGUGUGAUGCGUACACCUAUCUCGGGCUGACUUCGACCAACGAAUAUGGAAUCAAGGCAUCGAUGUAUGGCUCGAAAGAUUUCUUUGAUGCGAAGCCAGGCGUCAAGAAAGAGAGAAUGCGUAGGAGACUUCUCUACAAGGCAAAGAAGGACUACGGGGGCGUAGCUCGUGUUGACUACGAAUAA